ACUAAGAAAAUAACAUCAGAAUCAGAGCCAGACAGGCAUUAUUUAAGUGACUCUCUACCGGAUACAAGAAGGGAAUUAUGAUAUGGAAAUCGGAUCUGGUGCACUGCAUAAAUUGCCAUAAUACUAAAACCCAUACUCAGGUGCACUGUUCAUCUUUUAAUUAAUUUUUUAAAUUCAUGGGAAAUCCAGAUCUUUGAUGAGAGGGGUUCUCCCUUUUCCUUUCGUUUCAUCUAUUUCUUUCUUCACUUCUUCCUUUGCUUUUUCUGCUUCUUUCUUUCCCGCUUCUCUCCUUCGUUUUCAGUUUUCUGUCUUCAUCUUCUCCUUCGGCCGCUGGCUUCUUCGCGUCUUAAGUCUUCUCGUUUUGUGGUGUUGUGCUGCCGUUUUCGCGCUGGUUCUACUUCAGGAAACGACCCUGUUGGUUUUUCCAGGCUACCGUGUUGUUGUUUUCAAUCUGCUUCUGUUUCAGGUAUAUAGUUUGGGGUUCUCCUUUUCUGGCUUAACUGGACAUAGUUUAUGAUGAUAUUUUAACGGACAUAUGUAUGUAUAUUAGUUUGCUGCUUUUUUUUUCGUGUGAAAGUUAAAUGUGCUCGGAUUUAUUUACUUUUUUUCCGUCUGUUUUUUUUGUUUUUUUUUUUUUGGAAUUUUAUAAUCGUAUAACGUUUUGUUUCUUAUGGUUAAUCUUUGAGUGGUGACAGUUUCUGAAAUUUUUUUUAUGCUUUGUUUGGCCAGAGUAAAUGGAAAAUAUAGCUCUGAUUCUGUGUUACUUGAUGAAAUGGUGAGCAAUUGUUAUUCAUCUGUAUUAAUUAAGACUGGUAACAAGGAUAAUUAACGCUAGAAAUAACACUUUGUUCUAUCAUGUUUUUUUUCCAUGCUGAACCCUUAGGUUUUGUUAGAUGAAUAGAGUGUGUGAUCAAUCUUUUAAUCUUAAUUUUUAAUUGGACUGUUUCUAUUUUGGUUAGUCUAUAUAUACAUAAUUGAUAUUCAAUUUAUACAUAUUCCUUUUUCUCAUAUAAAAUCAAAUUGGUAUCAUGAUUUUCUUAUUGCUUGGAUUUGUAAUCUUUUCUUUUUUUCCUUCUUUUUUGCUGUUGUUAAUUGUAAAGCAACGUGCGGUUGAAGCUUGCACAACAGACCUUGACUGUGAAAUUGUUGCUUCCAAAAUAGAAGCUGGCAAUUGCUAUGAAAUUAUGGCUUUUCGUACCA